UGAGGGAGAGAUACGGUGUCAGCGUACACGCGAAGCCAGUUUUUUUUUUAAUCCGUACAAAAAUCGUUUCGCUCUAUUUACAUUUAUAAUAAUCUUAAUUAAAGCGAUUUUUUAAAUUAUUGAAAUAUUUGUGUUAAUUAAAAGCGUACUGUUGGUAAAUAUAGCUAAACAUGUGGAAAUAUAUACACUGUGUGUUUGAGAAUUAUAUCCAGGAAAGAUGAUUUAGUGUUAUUCAAUCCAUCAUUCAUUAUGGAUAAGUGUGGAUUAUUUCUGAGCUGCCGUAAUCGUUCGCCAGUGGAUCUUAAUGUGGGAAGAAUGGAGCAGGUUUUCUCGUGUGUCCGCGUGUGUGUUUACAGUGUGGUGUUGUGUGUGCUCGUGUCGACGGCGCGUGCUGUGACCACGGACAGCGCAGGUUUGGUCACGCCUCUGACCCAGUACGAUUCGAUCCCGGGUCUGAGGCCGGACAACGACGAGGAGGUGAAGCUGGCGUACCCGGACUACGACCGGUUGUCCACGGACAGACCGGAUGUGGCUCAUGUGUUGGGUAUCAUCGAGUCCCCCCUGAACCCCUUACCAAACGACACCCGCCACAUCAUGAACAAGAUCGGCGACGACAACAUCUCCUUCACGAGCGUCGACCUCGAGCAAUUGGAUCCUGAUGACGUCACCAGCGUCAAAAAAGCCCUGAAAUCACUCCGGACCAUCAAACCAGCGGCCCUCAUUGGCCCAUACAGUUGGCCCUACGCCGUCGCCUCUGAGCAUGCGCGAGUGCCCUACUUCCUGACCUCCAUGAUGCCUGCGUCGCAGAACGUCUCAUCCUUUCACAUCCAACUUUUCCCGAACUCGACCGUCUUCGCUCAAGCGACCGAGGACAUGACGAGGUUCUACAACUUCCACAGUGUGGCUGUUUUCUACGACUCGCCUACAGGCACAUCUAUCUUGGAACGUCUGGCUCAAAAAUCCUGGCUACUUGUCACUGGUGUCCACGUGACCAACACAACUUUACCCACACUUAGAGAACAGCUGAAAACUUUACGUGGCAAAUUUUUCACCGUCUUCACGGCGGUCCUCAAUCCUGACCACAUGAGGUACCUUCUUGACCAGGUACUUUCACUAAGUAUGUUUUCCCCACCCAACAAAUGGCUCCUGGUCAAUGAAGGCCUGCAGGAGUACAGCCUGGAGAAGUACGUCGACUCCCACGCCAACAUGACGGUGCUGCGUCUGAUGAUGGACUACAACUCCAACUUCUGCAGCCUUGAGUCCGACUACAUCAACCUGAGACGGGCCGUGUUCCACGACGCCGUCCGGCUCUACGAGAGGAUGUACUCGAACCGGACCCGGACCAACGGCACGGAGAAGUUCAACAUGAGGCAGACGGUGCGAAAUCUUGAGUUGGACGGCUGCACGGGUCAUCUGAUUUUCUCCCGAAACGGUCAGAGGACGGAGAGUUUCCUCCAGAUGAUGACAUUGGACGGUUACAAGUCUGGUUUGACGUCAUAUGACAAACAUACCGGAACCUGGCGCAGCGAGCCAAAAGACAUCAAACAUCGCGUGGAGCCGUCAAAGUCUUUCAGUGCCGUCUUUCAGAUGUCAGAGAAUGUGUUUGGUGACGAUCCGUUGAGGAUCUCCUUCAUAGUGGAGACCCCGUUCAUCGGCAACCGUAGCAACAAGAGCUUGGACAACGGUCACCCUCUGUACGAAGGUCUUCUGAUUGACAUCCUGUUGGAGAUGGUCAACAUCCUGGGCUUCAAGUACACCAUCAAACACGUGGGAGACAACAAAUAUGGCAGCUACAAGAACGCCACUGGAUGGACGGGCAUGAUACGUGAGCUCAUUGAUAAUAAAGCGGACAUUGCCCUGGCACCGUGGCAGAUGACGACAGAGAGGGCAGAGGUCGUGGACUUCACCAAACCUUUCAUGACCAAAGGCACCACCGUGGUGGUCAAGAGGCCGGAGCAGAGGGUCGGGAAAUAUCAGUUCCUGUUGCCCUUGUCUACCAUAGUCUGGUCGGCCAUCUUUGUGGCGUUCGUCGGGACAAGUCUGAUGUUGUUUGCAGUCAGCAGGGUCAACUCCGACCGUCAGGCCAAGUACACCCACAACCUGCGGGAGAGCUUCUGGUACAUCUGGGGCACGCUGCUCAGGGGGUCCUUGAGUGGGAGCCCCCACGCCAUCUCGUCACGCAUCAUCUCCUCCGCCUGGUGGUUCUUCUGCCUCAUCCUCUCCUCCAUCUACACGGCCAACCUGGCAGCUUUCCUCACCAUCACCAUCGGUGACGUCGGCAUCAACUCGGCCGCGGACUUGGCCUCUCAGACGGAGUACGUGUACGGCACCGUGGAGGGCUCUCAAACGGCCAAGUUCUUCCAGUACACCAGCAUGCGGCACUACGCCGCCAUGUGGGCCCACAUGUCCACCCUCACGCCCAACUCCAUGAGCCGGACCACGCAGAUUGGCAUUGAGCGCGUUAAAAAGGGUAAAUACGCCUUCAUCUGGGACUCGCCUUACAUCCGUAAUGUGAUCAGUAACGAGUGUGAUUUGAUGGAGAUUGGCUCGCCCUUUGACCUCAAAGGUUACGGUUUGGCCUACAGAAAGAACGCGCCCUUUGGUGAGAAGCUGUCCAUGGCCAUUCUCAAGAUGCAGGACGACGGGCUGCUGUACAAAAUGGAGCGGAAAUGGUUUCGACCCCAGGUCUGCCCCAGCCACCAGCAGAGCGCCAAGACCCAGUCGCUGGACCUGGAGACGGUGGCCGGCAUGUACCUGGUCAUCUGUGGCGGUGCCGUCAUGUCCAUGCUGCUCUGCUUCCUCCAGUACUGCUACGGUCACUUCCGCCGGAAAAGGAAGCUCCGCGCCACUAAAGGCAAGAACCAGGAGCCGCUGACCACACAGGAGCUGGGCAGCGAGUUCAAGAGGUCAAACUUCGCCAGUCCACUCAGCGAGUCACGUGACGUGAACCAAGACGAGAUCACGUAUGCUAAUCACUCGCCCCUGCAUUAUCGUACAUCUGCAGACUGGACCUAACAUCCGGUCAGUGGCACCAUCCGUUACCAGAGCGAGUGGAAGAAUUUGAUUUGGUCGUGUGGGUAGGAGUACAUUUUUUAUCUUUUCAAAACGAGGCUGUGGUCACUGUGGUCAAUGGAUGCAGCGGGUGACGAGGAACCGAUGGUGAUGGAGUGCUCAGUCGUCUGCAGGACGUGCGGACUGGUCACGUGAUUGUGGGGCUAACCGGACAUGUGACCUGUUCAUGUUACUAAAGCCCCGCCCUCCCCAACCUGAUCGAGACUUAUUAUGCAA